GCCAUUUUGUGCUGCUGCGCCGGGUAUUUAUCUGACGAGUCGUGACUCCUCCGUUUGCACGCUGCUAGUUAGGUUGCCAGACGCUUCCUGUUGGUCCCGCUUGCCGAUUCCGAGCCCGAGGCCUUCGUUAGCGUUAUUAUUGUUUUUGUUCGAGUCAACGUAAAUAAUUCAUUUAGUCCAUUUUAUACCUUGUGAGAAAGAAUGUCGGCCGAAAGUCCCGAAUACUCUCCGUUCUUCGCAGUGAUGGGCGCCUCUGCGGCGAUGGUCUUCAGCGCCUUGGGUGCCGCCUACGGCACGGCCAAGAGCGGCACGGGGAUCGCCGCCAUGUCGGUGAUGAGGCCGGAGCUCAUCAUGAAGUCCAUCAUCCCAGUGGUCAUGGCGGGUAUUAUAGCCAUCUACGGUCUGGUGGUAGCGGUGCUUAUUGCCAACAACAUCUCCGAGAAGGUCACCCUCUACAAGAGCUUCCUUCAUCUGGGAGCCGGGCUGAGCGUGGGCCUCAGCGGGUUGGCGGCAGGUUUCGCCAUCGGCAUCGUGGGCGACGCCGGCGUGAGGGGCACGGCUCAGCAGCCCAGGCUCUUCGUGGGAAUGAUCCUCAUCUUGAUCUUCGCCGAGGUCUUGGGUCUCUACGGGCUCAUCGUCGCCCUCAUUCUGUCCACGAAAUAAACACCCAGUUCAAGAUCUGUCAUUUAUGUUGCUGCUGGAGAAAAAGUGUAUAACGGGAGGGAAAUUUGUAAAAAACAAAACAAAAAAACAAAUCAGCCACUUGAGAUGAAAGAAGUAAAGGCGUCGGGAAAUAAUGAUUUGAAAUGGCUACAUAAAUAUGGUCUUAUCUCAACAAUGUGUACAGUUGUCCCAAUUUGAUAGUCAACUUGUAAAUGCGCAAUGUAGUGAUUUGUCUGUCUUGUGUGUGUGUGUGUAUGUGUGUGUGUGCGUGCGCGUGUUUUUAAAAUUGUAUGAUAAAGAUUUUUUUUUCCCCUCCACUUAUUUCGGGGCUUGAGGCCAUCUGAGGCGACUUGGCCUCUGGUCUUAGUGAGCUGGCCCAACAGCUUUUUCUCCUCCCCUGGCAACUCGGGAGUCGACACAAUUUCUGCAUUAAUCUUGAGGGUCUAUUUGUAAAGAGAAAUGUAUAUGGACGUACUUUUUUUUUUUUUUCUUCCACAUUUUAUUUAUAAGAAAUUGUUCAUCAAACCUCUUUGAUUCCCCAGGAUAUACAUAUAUACAGACAUAUAAAUAUCUACAUAGAUUUAAUGCACUGUGGGUAAAUUGUGAUAAGUGGUUGGAAUUCCUCUGGAUGUAUUUCUUGGUUUAAUAAUUCAGAUUGCCUUUAGUAUGUUGCUGGUGAAGUGGGAGUUCUGUGUGUAGCUGUAUUCUAAUCAUUACGCAAACAUUCUCAAACUUCCCUGUUUUUCCUGUAGUGCCGUUUGCGUUAAAGGUGUGUGUGUGCGCCCCGUGUUGGGUCUUGCAAGUGUAAUUUCCAGAAGUUCAUCUCCAUCUUAUUCACCUCCUGCCCCCCCCCCUCCCUCUGUGGCCGUGUGUCAUCUCUUCCACAUUCCAGCCAUCCGGGUCCUGCAUGGGUUUCAGUGUUUCGUUGCUGUUGGAUAUGAAGCUGAGGGGCAGGCUACUUUCAGGAGACUUUAUCCAGAUCAAAAAAAAAACCAUUUACAUGGUGCAUACAUUGUCAAAAGACACCAGUUUACGUGACGAAAGCGUCAUGGUAGCAUUCAGGAGGUUUGAGGUUCACAGACCGGUUUGACUUGAUCUGGUGGUGUUUUCUGAAAAUGGAGCUGCUGCUGACGCGUUUACUGAAGCGCCAAUCUACAAUCUUGUAUUACCACUGAUAGUGAAGUUAUCCUGAUGUGUCACAAUCGAAUUAAAGAAGAAUCCAACUUGGUUUGGGCUGGCUUCCAACACA